UCCAUCCGUGGCCGCCGUGCCCAACCCGCACUCCGCCGCGGGGAAGGAGAUCGGCGCGGCGCGGCGCGGCGCCUAUAAAAGCUGCGGCAGAGGGAGCCGCUCCCCCUCGACACGCGCCGGAGAGGAUGGAGAGGAGGAAGAUGGCGCAGGUUGCCACGUACGUCGCGGUGGCGCUCGCCGCGUUCCUCUUCUGGCAGUCCACGCGCAGCCCCACCCCGCCGCAGCCCGAGAUGCCGCCGCCGCCGCCGUCCCCGGGGGCCUCCGUGUUCCCGCGGGCGGAGUCGGCGGUGCUCCCGGACCCGGCCCGCUUCUUCGCCCCGCACCUCCUCGCCGCGCCGCUCCCCACCGGCUCCUUCUUCCAGAACUUCGCGCUCAACGACGGGGACCAGCCCGAGUACAUCCACCCCUACCUGCUCAAGUCCGCCGCCGCGGGGCUCAAGGUGUGCUACCCCAAGAGCGUCCACUCCCCGUCCUUCCACGCCCAGGCCUUCGUCGCCGACCUCACCGUCUCCUCCCCGUCCGACGCCGCCGCCGCGGCCGCGGCCGGGGCCGGAUGGCGCCACAUCAUCGCCGGCUUCGACGACCUCUCCGUCACCCUCGACUUCUCCCGGUCGCUGCGCGCGUUCCUCGUCCGCGGCAGCCCCUUCGUCACCGUCUCCACCAUGUGCGCCCGUCGCCCCGUCGACAUCUCCAUCGCCUCCGUCCACGCCUUCCUCGAGGCCGCCCCCCGCGACGACUCGCUCACCAGGUGGCGCCUCCGGAUGAACAGCGGCCAGACGUUCCUCCUCUACGCCUCCGCGCCGAUCCGCCUGUCCAUGUCCAGCGUCACGCAGCUGGCGGCGCCCGGCUUCCUCGGCGUCAUCCGCGUCGCGUUCCUGCCCGACGCGGCCAUGGAGGCCGUCCUCGACCGGUACAGCGGCCGCUACCCGACGGCUGGGGUGGCCGCGCUGGACCGCCCCUUCUCCGUCGACUACGGCUGGUGCACGCAGGGGUCGGGGGACCUGCUCAUGCUCGCCCACCCGCUCCACCUCCGGCUGCUCUCCAAGGACAGCCGCGUCCGGGUGCUCGAGGACUUCAGGUACCGCAGCAUCGACGGCGACCUGGUCGGCGUCGUCGGCGACGCCUGGGCUCUGAGGACCGACCCGGUGUUCCCCACCUGGCAUUCCACCCGGGGCAUCAGCGAGGACGGCGUGCCCGAGAUCGUGGCCGCGCUGCGCAAGGACGUGGAUGACCUCGCCUCCAGCGCCAUCACGACCACCUCGUCCUACUUCUACGGCAAGGCGGUCGCCAGGGCCGCGAGGCUGGCGUUGAUCGCCGAGGAGGUCGGGUGCCCCGACGUCAUCCCGGCGGUGCACGGGUUCCUGAAUGCCACCGUCACGCCCUGGCUGGACGGCAGCUUCGAGGGCAAUGGCUUCCUGUACGAUCCCAAGUGGGGCGGCCUCGUCACUCGGCAGGGGAUGACGGACACCGGCGCCGACUUCGGCUUCGGGAUCUACAACGACCACCACUACCACCUGGGCUACUUCGUGUACGCCAUUGCUGUGCUCGCCAAGAUCGACCCGGCCUGGGGGCGCGAGUACAUGCCGCAGGCCUGCUUCAUGGUCGCCGAUUUCAUGACACUGUCGCCAGGAGCCGGCGCGAGCUACACCAGGCUGAGGACGUUCGAUCUCUGGAAGCUGCAUUCCUGGGCCGGAGGUCUGACGGAGUUCGGCGACGGGCGCAACCAGGAGAGCACCAGCGAGGCCGUCAACGCCUACUACUCCGCCGCGCUCCUCGGGCUCAGCUACGGGGACACACAGCUCGUCUCCGCAGCGGCCACGCUCACCGCGCUCGAGAUGCUGGCGGCGCAGACAUGGUGGCACAUCCGGGAGGGCGACGCGAUCUACGAGGACGACUUCACCGGCAACAACCGCGUCGUCGGCAUCGUGUGGGCCAACAAGAGGGACAGCGGCCUCUGGUUCGCGCCGCCGGAGUGGAAGGAGUGCAGGCUGGGCAUCCAGCUCCUGCCGAUCGUGCCCAUCAGCGAGGUCCUCUUCCCGGACGCCGGGUUCGUCAAGGAGCUGGUGAGCUGGACCGCGCCGGCGUUGGCAAGGGAUGGCGUCGGCGACGGGUGGAAGGGGUUCGUGUACGCCUUGGAGGGGGUCUACGACAAGGAGUCGGCGCUGGCCAAGGCGAGGGCGCUCGCGUCGCACGACGACGGCAACACGCUGACCAACCUGCUGUGGUGGCUCCACAGCCGCGGCUCGCCGGGCGCCGACGCUGCUGCUGCUGCUGGUGUCGCCGGUGCGGCCGCCGUUGAUGCUGCUGGUGGCACUGCUCAUGGAAUGCUCUUGGACAUGCUCGCGGCGGAAGAAUCUCUGGCUUCAGCGUGAGAAUUUUUGGGUUUGUUGAGAGAGAUGAUGGUGCGAUUCGUUCCGUGGUGCUUUGGACAUCACGAUCUUCACAUUUUGUAGUGCUUUUAGCUUGAGUAGAUCGUCAAAUACUUGUUGCUAGUUAGUCUGUGUUGCCUCAAGAUUGAAGUUGAAAUGAACUCUUCGUCGAGGAUCGGUAAA